AUGAUGGAGAGAGCCACAAUACUGGUGGUGUGCUGCCUGGUAAUACCAGUUCUGAGUUCCCCACUCUACCCAGCUCUUAGGUUUGGACAGAGGGCCUCUACCUCCUCCAUCCUGGUCGGUUCCUCCAUGGAAGACCACACCCAGCUGCUUCCUGUAGCAGACAUUGGAAAUCUCUACAGCCAGGAGGCACAAAGGGCAGAGUAUCGCUCAGGAAGGCACGCAGACGCCAUCUUCACCAACAGCUACAGGAAAGUGCUGGGCCAAAUCUCGGCAAGGAAGUUGCUCCAGACAAUAAUGGGUAAAAGGCUGGGCAUGGAGGAGGUGGUGAACUAUGGGAAACGCGAUUCAGACAUUUAUGAGGACCUCACCACCAUCCAGAGAGAACAGACGUACAGAGGUCUCCAGCACGGUGUCCACAGACCCAGGAGUCAUCAUGGCCUUCCUCAAUCUGAGGAUGUGGGCGGGCUGAAACUGGACAGCGAUUGAUUGACAGUCCUACGCCUGCCUCUACCACCAACCAGCUCAUCAAUGC